UGUGGUGAAUUCAAGAUGACAUUUUGUCGACAGUUAUAGUUAUUUAUCUGCAACAGCUGAAUGACCCAUUUUCAUGUAUCAGUUCAAAUGAUCUUAAGAUACUGAAUAGUUCCACAUUUUGUUCAAGAAUGCAAGAAGUUACUAAAGAUGAGCCAGUCCCAGUUAUUUUGCGACUUUUUGCAGCUUUAUUUUAUGGAGGCGCAUCGUUUUUGAUAACUGUUGUCAACAAAGUAACUUUGACAUCAUACAAAUUUCCUUCUUUCCGGUUUCUUGCAUUUGGUCAGAUGCUGAUGGGUAUUAUAGUUUUAUAUAUAGUGAAAAAACUUAGUAUUAUUCAGUUUCCUGAUUUUACAAAAGGCACAAUUAAAAAGGUGUGGCCAUUACCACUUAUAUUCCUAAUAAAUCUAGUAACAGGUCUAGGAGGAACAAAGAAACUCAAUUUACCAAUGUUUACAGUUUUAAGACGUUUUUCUAUUUUAUUUACAAUGAUAGCAGAAUACUUAGUUUUAAGAGUAAGGGCAGAUUUAUUUGUUCAGAGUACUGUUUUUCUCAUGAUAUUUGGUGCCUUAAUAGCUGUUAGUGAUGAUUUAGCGUUUGAUGUAUCAGGCUAUUGUUAUAUUUUAAUGAAUGAUGUUGCUACAGCUGCUAAUGGUGUCUACACAAAGAAAAAAUUAGAUUCAAAGGAACUAGGAAAAUAUGGUCUAUUAUUUUAUAAUUCCUUGUUUAUGACUUUACCUAUGUUCUGUCUCGUUUAUUUUCUUGGGGAUAUAGAAAAGGCGUUAGAAUUUGAUGGCUGGAGUAACCCAUAUUUUAUAAUUAGUUUUACCAUGUCAUGUUUUAUGGGAUUUGUUGUAAGUUAUUCUAUCAUAUUAUGUACCAUGUACAACUCAGCUUUAACUACCACCAUUGUUGGGGUCCUAAAGAAUUUAUUGGUUACAUAUUUAGGAAUGAUUUUGGGUGGUGACUACAUCUUUUCAUGGGUGAAUUUUACAGGAUUAAAUAUAAGUGUUUUGGGAAGUAUUUUUUAUACAGUUGUAACAUUUAGAAGAGUAUCAAAACAACAAGCUAAUGAAGAUAAAGCCAAAACACAGACAAUAAGAAAUGUGUAUGGUGCAACCCAAUAUAGACGAAAAACCCUUGGUAUCAACAUUUGUUAAAUCUGACUGCCAAGAUUUAUCCACUUUGAAUACUCUGUCAGAGGAUAUUGACAAGGAUCCCAAGCAAACAUCUUGUGAACUUGCUCUUGUCCACAAACUUACUGCUGACAAUUGAUCCUGAACCGAGACAGUGUUACAAUGUGUUGUUCCCCAGGGUCCUAUACUGGGCCCAUCACUGUUUACAAUGUUUACCAGCUCGAAUACCUCUUAUUUAAAGUUACUGACUCAUACUUCUUGGUUCUUACAUGAAAUGACAUACUACAUACAGAAUGCAAAAUCAUGGUCAAAAUUAAAUUAAAUGAAAAUAAUACAGAAGCACUUAUUUACUGACAUGAUCAUGACUCAAAUAGUAUGACUGCAGUACAACCAAGUUCAGCUGUUCACAUUGUAACUGGGUGAAAAGCUGAAAAAAACUAAUUGGUUGCCUGUUCAAGCCAAGUUUAAGUUCAAAAUAUUAUCUUUAGCCUAUCAGUAUCUGAAUGGAAGUGUUCUGACCGAAGUAGCUGUGCAAUGUUUUUAGAUAUUACUGCCAAUUCUUAGUGAAUAUUAUAAUUUUUGUGGUCAAUCUUUCCAAGUUGCUGCAUCCACAAAGUAGAAUAAACUACUAUCAAACGUCCACUGAAAUCCAACCCAUUUAAAUCAGUUUCAAUAAUAUUAUUAAACACUGGUGUUUUGUGAGCCAUGACGACAUUUUGUGGAUUUAGUACAUUGUAAAUGGACAUAUGAUUAUUUGCUGACAAAAAAUAAUUAGGUCAUGUGAGAUGAAUACAUGUGAGCUUCUGCUUGUUUUGAAAUCCAUUAUAACAGUAUUGUAUACACUCAUGACGUCCUCAAACCAAAAGCAUAUUUGAUGGUAAAAACACUGGGUUACCAGUUGUCUGAUUAUGUGUUAAUCCUAGCAAGUUAUUUCUAUUGUAUAUUGUUUAUUUUAGAUUGGGGUAUAUUAACUAUAUUUUGUAGAUUUUUUAAAAUAUUUUUAUAUAAGGCAAUUGAUUCAAUUAUUAAUAUACUGUAACCCAGUCCACUAUAUUGACUAAAUUAUUUACAAUUGAUGACCCAACACUUACAUUAAAGUUGUGAUCAUCAUUUGCUUUUGACUGCUUAGUCACUAAGAUUGAAUAUUUAGUAUUUAAACAUACAUUAUACAAGAGCUAAAUCUGCCUAUUGCAGGUCUUUUUUUAGGCCUGAGAUGUUAUCUAAAUUAUUAAUUAGGUAUUAACUUAUCCAGGCCAUAAUCAACUCUCGAUGUCAUCGCUAGCCUUCGAUAUUUAGAGGAUUGGAAUACAUUUUGUGAUGGAUAAUUUAACUUACAAAUGGAUAAUCUAGACAUGGUUUAUUAUCGCACCCAAGUUAGUAAUGACGUUCAAGGCUAAGCUAAAAUGAAAUCGCUAAUAUCUUGCUUCAGAGUGAAGCAAUUUGACUGAAAUUUUCAGCAUAUUCUGUUUCCAUUAUCUAUUUUGGACUAUGAUAGCGAGAACUGUCAGCUCUUUAUCUAAUCUUACCUAAUGCCCCUUUAAUCCAUUUUUAAACCAACAUUACAUCGAGAGAUUUAACUUCAGCAUUAUUGUAGUUUGAAAGGGAUUAACAAUCAAUUAAUUGAUUCUCAGAGGUUUUAAGACUAGUGAUUUUGAUAUAUUUAUUAUUUUUGCUUUACAUCAUUUAUCUUAGUAUUUUGUAUCCGUCCUGCCUUACUGAACAUUUAUUUCUCUAAGGGACUGUUGCAAAAAGUCAACACUUGUGUCCAAACAACCUGUGGAACUGGAUGGAUGGGUUCAACAACAACCUGGAUAGAAAAACAAAAGCUAAAGUAACGAUGUGCUAUUUGCAUAAAAUUUCUCAUGGAUUGAUCUAGGUUUAUGUGUACACAGCUUGAUUAAUUAAAGUUUAAUUUAGUAAACAAAUUCAAAAUACCAACAGCUACAUAAUGUCCUAACUUGGAUUCACUCAGAUUUUAAAAAAAAAAGGCCUACCAAUAAAUUUUCGUGGACAAUGAAAUGAUGUCUGGCUUAUUACAUAGCGGAGGAACAUAGAUCGAUGAAAUUUUAAUUCUACAUAUAUUUUCGUAAAUACUAAACGAAUUUGGACCAUUUUUAGAUUUUUUGAGUGAUUCCUAUAGCACUAAAAUGGCACAUCAGGCCUUGUUUAUUUUUAGUAUUAUUGAAUGAUUAAUGGAUAUAUGUGAAGUCUUACUGUGUCGCACAUUGAUCAUCAGUGAUUGGGAUGACAUCGAUUCAGCUUAAUGAGCCCUCAAUAUUAAACAUGCAUUAUGCAAGAGCUUAAUCUGAUUAUUUCAAGUCUUAAUUUAGGCUUCAGAUGUUAUAGAAAUUAUAAAUUAGAUCUUUAUUUAAACAACAAGACCAAAAUCAACUCUGUAGACCCACGGAUGGCUCGGCUACAGCUCGGAUUUAAAUAGGAUUUCACUAAUUGAUUAAAUCAAAUAAGGGGUAACCUGAUGAAAAUACGUCAGUUAGAUCGAGGCUAAAUGAUAGAGUGUACUUAGCGAGGCCGCUGUAAAGCGUUUCCGUAUGCCAUUGAAAACUUUACUUGAUAAUCGAUAUAUGUAGGUGGAGUUAACGCCUGUCAAUCAAACGAUCGGGCGAAGGUGAAGACACAUUUCGCUACCAUUUCUAGGCAAAUAUUACAACGAUGAUAACUUUGUUCAGAAUGAAGUAAUUUGACUGAAAUUUUCAAUAUAUUCUUCUUUCAUCGUCUAUUUUUGAACUGUUAUAGCAUAAAUGGCCAACUCUCUAUAAAAAUCUCCCAUAAUGUAUCUUUAAUAUUUCCCUUUCUAGAAGAUUGUUUAUAAGACUAAUGCUUAGCCAAUGAUUGACGCCAUCAUCUUUUACAGAGUUAUUAGAAGACUUUCGUAUUACUCUGUGAAAAAGAUCGACUCUGUCGCUGCAAGUGGGUUGAGAUCUAUCGGCAUGUUAUUUGUUUUGACACAAGUGUUGAAAAUUUUAUUAUAUGUAAUCUUGUCAUGUUCACAUUUCAUAAAAUCAAAACCAUGUUGUUAUCAUAUUGUUCAGAUGCAAUUUAGCUUGUUAUAAAAUUAUACUUAAUGGAUAUGUAUAUAUUUUUUUAUUAUGUUUGUGGGAAAAAAUAAAUGAAUGCAAAUGGGUU